AAUCAGCUGUUCUACCAACAUGGCCACGUUAAGCCGUACUUCUAGCAAAUUAAUCAAAAAAGUGCAGUUUUCCCCAGUUUUUAGUCGAAAUUUUAGUAAUACCAAGAUAAAUAAUACGUAUCGAAAUGUGUUUAAUACGUGCGCGUGUUUGUUCGGUGGCAGUGUGUUGUUUUACGCCGCGAAAACGUAUUCAAGAAGUAACACCGUCUACGCUCUCAAAGCUAAGCCCGACGAGCUGGCUAAAUCGGUGAAGCUAACGUCUCGAGAGCGUCGCUUCAUCAAGUUCGCCUCAGUGGAGUACAAUGGCCAGCUGUACAUGACGCCUCAGGACUUCCUCGAGUCCGUGGUAGAGCAGGAACCUAGACCGCGACUAAAGCGGCGGGAGCUUACCACGAAGGAGAUCGAACAGCUGAGGGACAGCACGCCCGCCCUGAAGAAGGGCUCCCCACAAAUGUUCCGCAGCUUACGGGACCGGGGGAUUAUUUCAUACACAGAGUACCUGUUUCUUCUAUCUAUAUUAACAAAGCCUGCCUCCGGGUUUCAAAUAGCCUUCAACAUGUUCGACACGGACGGCAACCAAAGAGUAGAUAAGAAUGAGUUUCUAGUCAUCCAGAGGUUGCUGGGGGGGUCGUUCAGGGAGCGAAAGAACCUGGACGCCAAGAGCAAGGAGGCUCUGCUUACGUUAGUCUCGUCCAGUGCGCUCAAGAACAAGGUGGAGGAAAAAACGACCGCAAAGCCUUCGACAAUGGAGAAAAUCUUCAGCUUCGCAUGGCGCGGCAAGCGCGGGUUGGAGAGCCAAGAUGGCGGCGACGCCGACAAGCCGCAGGACUCACAAGAUGGCGGCGACGCCGACAAGCCGCAGGACUCGUACGUCAACGACGAGCAGGGGCUGCAGCGGCGACACAACGUCGACACGCUGCUGCAGGUCCAUUUCUUCGGCAAAAAGGGCACGAGCGACCUGAAGUUCGACGGCUUCAAGCAGUUCAUGGAGAACUUGCAGACGGAAGUGCUGGAGCUCGAGUUCCAAGAGUUCGCCAAAGGUCACGAGACAAUAUCCGAAGUGGAUUUCGCUAAGAUCCUCCUCCGCUACACGUACCUCGACACGGACGAGUACGACAUGUACCUAGACCGUCUUCUAGACCGCAUGAAGCUCGAGCGAGGCAUCACCUUUCCGGAGUUUAAGACCUUCUGCCAGUUCCUGAACAAUCUAGAUGAUUUCACUAUUGCUAUGAGGAUGUAUACGCUGGCUGAUCAUCCUAUCUCGAAAGACGAGUUUCACCGCGCGGUAAAGAUCUGCACGGGCAUCUCGCAGUCGGAGCACCUCGUGACCACGGUGUUCGCGAUCUUCGAUGCCGACGGCGAUGGCCUGCUCAGUUACAAGGAGUUCAUCGCCAUCAUGAAGGACCGCCUCCACCGAGGGUUCAAGUCGUAUGCCAAAAAUGAGGGCUGGGAGGCGUUCAAAACCUGCGUCAAGCAAGAAAUGAAGAGCUCCGUUUAACCGUAUAAUAGCCAAUUUAGCUCAAUUCAUGCAACGCCUUUAAAUCUCCUAGAAUAUUUGGUCGACAAAUAGAUCUCAAGUAAUAACAACGUAAUUAGUAUAAAUUAUAACUACUAUAUUCGUACAGAAGAUAUGGCAUACACAGACUUAAUAACUGUAGAACGGCUUUCCUUCUAAACUU